AUGUCUCAAUCUAAUCAAGCAUCCACAAACAACGGCAUCAAAAGAACCAUAGAAAUUCCGGUAAGACACCCAAAUAGUUACCAAAACCUGUUGAGGCAUGAUUUCGUUUUCUUGGUUGACGAGAACGACGAGGUUCACGGCAAAGAGGAUGAUUGUGGCAUUUGUUCUGAGGCGCUGCUUGGUGCCUCCGACCUGGUUCAUUUAAGAGAGUGUAGACACUGUUUCCACAUGCAGUGUCUAAAACAACUCUAUUUAGCCACAGCCGAAUUGAAAUGCCCGUAUUGUAGGACAAUAUAUAACAUGGAGUACGGGGAAUGCCCUGGUGGAGUUUUAAUCAUUGAAACCACCGAAGAUGACGUAAUGUUAGAAUUUGCCCUGCAGGACGUCAAUUGUAAUUUGAAAAUUAGGCGCAAAGAAGAUCCGGAUGAAACUGUUCUAAAAUUACUUGAGAAAGCGUGGAGGAGGCAAUUGAUAACCGAAGAAAUGUUAUCAUUCUUCGCAGAAAAUAGUUACGAAAACAAAUUAAUAGCAUCGACAUUAGAAGAGUUGAACGUUUUCCCCAAUUUACUCACAGAGCAUAUUGAUGAUGGUGACGAUGAACUUCCGGCUGUUCAAAACCUCGACGAUGCAAACGACGACAUCUUCUUCAACACGUUUGACGACGAUGAAGAUGAUGACGACGAUGAAGAUGACUACGAGGAUUUAUAUGAUUAUGACAACGAAGAUGAUGUUGUCGAUGAAAACAGCAGUGUGAACAACAACAACAACGAUGAUGAUGAAGAGAGCGAUGAUGAUGACAAUACAUGGUUGCUCACCAUCAAUGACAUAACUCAUCGAAUUUUCAAUUACGAAAAUUUCUUCAUCGCUGUGGUGGCGAAUCAUGAAGACGAGGACAAAAGCAUAAAUAUAGAGGACGAGGAAGAUGAUCACACCGUCACAAUUAACGGCCAUUCAUACAACCUCAACCAGUUGGAUGAUUGCAAUGUUCAGCACUUCCAAGGGUAUAUUAAUGGAGUAUACAUCGCAUAUUUCGAAGUGAAGGAAGAUGUCAGUGCGGACGAUGAGGUUAAAAUUGCAGGAAAAAGAGAUCGCGGUCAACAACGAACAACAUUCGUGAAGUCCUUGUGUCACUUGUUGAGUAUCAGCACAUUUCAACAACUACUAAGUGUUAAAGAUCGGGUUUUGUGGAGGUCGAUGGUCGACAAUGACUUGAAAGAAUAA